CUCGGUUGGAGUGGAUUUUCGAUCAUGUGGUCUACCAUAUUAAGUUUAUCCGACUCUCCAAUCAAAUCUAACUAAACUUUUAAAAGCAAAGAGGUUGCAUGUAAUUUUGAACAAGUAACUGGUUCAAGUUGGUUAUCGAUACAAAGCAACCGGGUCAAGUUGGUUAGCAAAACAGAGUUAGACGCUGUUCAUGGCACAGCCUACCCUAUAGCACUGUAAUGGCUACGUCGUCUCCACACAGUUACACCACUCCUGCCGUCCAAUUCCGACCCAUGUUGAACAAAGCCCAGCUAAACCCAGCUCUCCAUUUCUUCAAAUUCUCCGAAAAGCCCACCAAAUUAUUACCUUCCUUGAAGCAGGUUUGCGAUGAAGGCAGCCUCAGGGAAGCUUUUACAUCACUCGGCAAUUUGCUAACCCAUCAAGACUCACUCGAGCUUUCUUUAGAUGGAGCUUACUCGCCGCUCCUUGAGCUCUGUGCAAAGAGGAAGGCUCUAUCAGAAGGGCAGCAAAUCCAUGCCCACUUGAUUAAAUCCGGUGCCGUAUGGGAUUCCGCGUUUCUGAGUACCAAGCUUGUUUACAUGUACGGGAAAUGUGGCUCCGUUAUGAAUGCACAGAAGGUGUUUGAUAAAAUGUCUCACAGAACGAUUUUCACUUGGAACGCAAUGAUUGGUGCUUGUGCGUCAAACGGGGAGCCUCUAAAGGCUCUUGAGAUGUACUGUGACAUGCGGGUUCUCGGGGUUCCUCUUGAUUCGUUUACUUUCCCUUGUGUACUGAAAGCAUGUGUUGCAAUUAAUAGUCUCUGUUGUGGGGAAGAAAUUCAUGGCCUGGCUAUCAAAUGUGGGUAUGAUGAUGUAGCAUUUGUGGUUAACUCGCUAGUUGCAAUGUAUGCAAACUGCAAUGAUCUUGGUGCGGCGAGGAAAUUGUUUGAUGGUAUGAAAGAAAAGGAGGAUGUUGUGUCAUGGAAUUCUAUUAUUUCAGCAUAUUCAGCAAAGGGGAUGUCCGUUGAAGCGUUGGGAUUGUUUCGAGAAAUGCAGCAGGUGGGACUUGCCAUGAACACGUAUACUUUUGUGGCUGCCCUUCAAGCGUGUGAGGAUUCUUUUUGUGGAAAACUCGGUAUGGAGAUUCAUGCUGCUGUGUUGAAACUGAAUUAUUGUUUUGAUAUUUAUGUGGCGAAUUCUCUGCUUGCAAUGUAUGUGAGGUGUGGUAAAAUGGAUGAGGCUGCAAGGAUUUUUAAUGACUUGGAUGACAAGGAUAUUGUCUCAUGGAAUACAUUACUCUCUGGUUUUGUCCAAAAUGGACUAUAUGAGGAAGCCCUGCUGUUGUUCCAUGAUAUGCAGAGGAUUGGUCAUAAACCUGACCAGGUUUCGUUGUUGAAUAUCCUUGCAGCAUCUGGUCGGUUAGGAAGUUUGUUGUCAGGAAUGGAAGCUCAUGCUUAUGCGAUAAAAAAUGGAUUCGAUUCUGAUUUGCAGGUUGGGAACACACUGAUAGAUAUGUAUGCUAAAUGUUGUUGUGUGAACUUGAUGGGCCGUGCUUUUGACAAGAUGCCAGAUAAAGACUUCAUUUCUUGGACAACAAUUAUUGCUGGCUAUGCUCAGAACAAUUGUCACAUAAGGGCCUUAAAACUGUGCCAGAAGGUGCAAAUGUUAGGGCUGGAAGUGGAUGCGAUGAUGGUAGAAAGCAUUUUACUCGCUUGCGAAUCUUUAAAAUGUGUUUCUUUGGUAAAAGAAGUUCAUGGUUACGCUAUGAGGAGAGGUUUAUUUGAUCUCGUCUUGCAAAAUGCAGUUGUCAAUGUAUAUGGCCAGUGUGGUUACAUAGAUUACGCAUAUCGGAUGUUCAAGUUGAUUGAAUCUAAAGAUGUUGUGUCUUGGACGAGUAUGAUAUCUUGUUAUGUUCAUAAUGGGCUUGCAAAUGAGGCUCUUGAACUUUGUCACUUCAUGAAAGAAACAAAUGUUGAACCUGAUGCCAUAGCACUUGUAAGUAUACUAUCUGCUGCCGCUAGUUUGUCUGCUUUGAUGAAAGGGAAAGAAAUUCACGGUUUUCUUACUAGGAAGGGCUUCAUCUUGGAGGGAUCUGUUGCGAGCUCUCUUGUUGAUAUGUAUGCCCGCUGUGGAAAUCUGAAGAAUGCAUACAACAUAUAUAACUGUGUUAGAAACAAAAGUCUAAUUUUAUGGACUACCAUGAUCAAUGCUUAUGGGAUGCAUGGUCAUGGCAAGGAAGCCAUUGAUUUCUUCAGAAGGAUGCAAAACCAAGAGAUUGUUCCUGAUCAUAUUACGUUUUUGGCUCUUCUAUAUGCCUGUAGUCAUUCAGGCUUGAUUGAUGAGGGUAAAGGACUAUUUGAAAUCAUGAUACAUGAGUAUCAAUUAGACCCCUGGCCAGAACAUUUUGCUUGCAUGGUUGAUCUUCUUGGACGUGCCAAUCGAUUGGAAGAGGCGUAUCAUUUUGUCAAUAGCAUGGAGAGUCAACCUACUGCUGAAGUAUGGUGUGCUCUUCUUGGGGCUUGCCGAGUUCAUUCUAACAAAGGAUUAGAAGAAAUUGCUGCAAAGAAGAUCUUAGAGUUGGGCACCAAGAAUCCAGGAAAUUAUGUGCUUGUGUCGAAUAUCUUUGCUGCUAGGGGAAGAUGGGAACAUGUAGAAAAAGUGAGGAUCAAAAUGAAGGUAAUUGGGUUGAAGAAAAAUCCAGGAUGUAGUUGGAUUGAGGCAGGAAAAAAAGUUCAUACAUUCACGGCUAGGGAUAAGUCUCAUCCUCAGUCCAAUGAAAUUUACCAAAAGUUAGCUCAAAUAACUGAGACAUUAGAAAGGGAAGCAGGCUAUGUGGCUCAAACUAAAUGUGUGUUGCAGAAUGUAGAGGAAGAAGAGAAAGUUCAGAUGCUUUAUGGACACAGUGAAAGGUUAGCCAUUGCAUAUGGUCUACUUAAGAUUCCUGAGGGAACUCCUAUUCGAAUCACAAAGAACCUGCGGGUUUGUAUGGAUUGCCAUACUUUUACUAAACUAGUUUCCAAAGUUUUUAGGCGGGUGCUUGUAGUUAGGGAUGCUAAUAGAUUCCAUCAUUUCGAGGAUGGAAAAUGUUCUUGUGGCGAUUUCUGGUGACGAUUGUACAUUAUAUUUCAGUCUUGACAAUCGGGGUCUUGGAUUCAUUCCUGCUGGUGUUAUCAUUGCAUGCCAAAGAGCUGCUGGAAGUGUUUUUAUUUUUCAGCUGCUAUUCAAGCAGAAGAGUGCGAGAGAUGAGUUUGUGAAACAGUAAAUGCUCAAAUUUUCAUCACAUAAACGGAUAAAUCACAGUUGAAUCAAGAAUAUGAUUGUUUUCUUCUUUUUUUUUUUUUUAUUAUUUUUUUUUUUUAAAAAGGAGGUACUGGGAAGGACCACAAGGAGGCACGCAAUGGCCUUUUUACCCGAAAUCCAGCACAGUGCCGCGCCAAAGACGCAGCGACACCCCCCCUCCGGGCAUCGAGUACACCAAAUAAGUGGGCUUGCCCUCCCCGCAUAGUCUUUUCCAUACACAAGGCUCGAACUUGAGACCUCUGCCUCAAGUCCCUCAACUUGCUUAAGGAGCACAGUCAACUUGCCAACUGAACUGGACCAUACAGAAUUGGCAAAUGAUAAUAGCUGGUAAAUUUCUUCAUAUUAAUUGCAUGUACUAUAAUUUGUACAAAACAUGCAAGUGAAGCCUGCUUAUUCCAUUAUCAUUCUAUGUAUCAUACAACUAUACAAGUCACUAUUCAAACAACAGUUGACAGAUGAA